AUGGCGAGCGCGACAUCUCGUCCUCUUGAAUAUCUAGAAGGUCUUCCCGGGACGACCUUUUACAAGUUAUACCAGCAGCCAUCUACUGCGCUUGCGAUCUUUCGUCGCAUGCUACCUGAUCUGGCAAAAUGCUUUGUCAUGGCCUUACUGUAUUUGAAAGAUCCUCUUCCAACCGCAGAUUUGGAAGUCUGGGUUAGCGCAGACAGCAAAAAGGAACGUGAUAAUGCGAUUUCGAUAUUAGGUCGACUACAUAUUCUCUCUACCACACUCACCGGGGAAAACGUGCGAGCCUACAUGCUCACCAACCCGUUCGCAGCUUCGCUUCGACAAGCGCUGAUGGGCGCUGAGGAUUCACAGUCAUUCGGUGUAUUCUCCCAAGCUCCUGGACACGCCCAGACUUCCGUCGCCGAAUUGGACGAAUAUGCCAGACGCCAGUGGGAGGGUGUGAUGGGAUACAUGGUUGGAACAAGUGCUUUCAGUGGACAGCGUGACGCGGUCAAUCUGAGCAAGGGCGUCAAGCAGCUUCUCCAGGCAGGGCACCUGGUUGAGGUCAGAGGAAAUCGUGUCGAUAUCACAAAAGACGGAUUCGGAUUCGUUCUCCAAGAUGUGAACACCCAGGUCUGGCAUAUCUUGAUCCUCUAUGUCGAAAGCGCAGAGGCCAUCGGCAUGGAUAGCGUUGAAGUCCUCUCGUUCUUGUUUCUUCUCAGCAGUCUGGAACUCGGACAGUCCUACGACAAAAGCCAUAUGACGCCCAAUCAACUCCGCACUCUCACCGACCUCACCGACUUCGGUAUUGUCUAUCAAGAUGACGCCGAGGCCACACGCUUUUACCCAACCCGUCUUGCAACAACUCUCACUUCCGACUCCAGCGCUCUAGGCAACCCUGUCACGGGCUCCCUCACCGGCCCAGUAGGCCAGAGCACUGGCUCGGGCUCAGGUUUCAUCAUCAUCGAAACCAACUAUCGACUUUAUGCAUACACAUCAUCACCUCUACAAAUAUCCCUCAUCUCCCUCUUUACAAACCUGAAAUACCGGUUCCCAAAUCUUGUCACAGGAAAAAUCACAAGACAGUCCGUUCGAAGAGCCAUCGAAAUGGGCAUCACGGCAGACCAAAUAAUCUCGUACCUUCUGUCGCAUGCCCACCCCCAGCUGCGAAAGCACAGCGCCGCCCAACCCAGUACCAAGGGGGUUCCAGCAUCUGUCCUUCCGCCCACCGUAACAGAUCAGAUCCGACUGUGGCAACUGGAGCGUGAUCGUCUCCGCGCCACGGCUGGGUUUUUGUUCAAGGAUUUCACCAGCUUGGCCGAAUACCAGGCUCCUUGUCAGUAUGCCGCGGAGAUCGGUGUGCUGGUUUGGAAGUCGGAUCGGAAGCGCAUGUUCUUUGUCACCCGACAUGAACAAGUUGCGAUGUUCUUGCGGAAUCAAAAAGGAGGUGGGCGUUGA